UUCAGUUUCAGUAGCGUCUGAAAGCGUCGUGAAGACGGACGCGUUUCAAGGCCGCUUUUUCGUACAUUGCCGACAACAUGUUACCAAUAAAAAAAAUACAAAAUUAGGACAAGUGUCGCGAGAUUUUCUCGAAAUUCGUCGAUGUGCCACAAUGUCCAAGCAGAACUCCAACAACGUGUCGCAGGGCGACGACGCCUCCUUGCGCUCGCUGAGCUCCGAAGACGUCUCCCAGGCACCGCGUGGCUACUGCUGUGCCAAGUCGGCCAAUCCGGCCGACGGAAAGGGCAGGAAACUGCAUUUGCUGCAAAUGCUAGUCCUGCCCUUCAUUCCCAUCAUGGCUCUGAUCGUCCAGACGGCCGUCAUUUUGAACAACAUCAUGGUCUAUCGACAAGAAGUCAUGGAUAUUGAAAAUCAGGUGACUAUCGCCGAAGAGCUGGGCAAAGUAGUGACGCGAAUGCAAUUAGAGCGCUCCGAAGUUGCCUUCCACGUUUACACGAAUGGAAGCAACUUACGUUCCAACUUAUCUCGUCGCUUCGACCUAACGAAUUCAGCCUUACAAAAUAUGAGUAGUUGGCCGCAGGUCUCUUUACCGUCAGACGACGGUCAAGUGACCCACCUUGACAAAGACACCUUCCAGAAAAAACUUGACGAAUUUAGAAAAAAAGUUCUAAGUCGAGAGGAAAGCACAAUGACUGAGGUCUUACUGUGGUACACUUCCGUGAACGCCGCCAUGUUGGAACACCUGACCAAUCAGAUCAAAGAAGCGGAUAACAGUGGCGUAUGGAGUCUUUCAAGGUAUUUGUUGGCCUUUAAAAACUUACUCAAAAGUAUCGAAAGUACAGGGAUUGCGAGCGUUUACGGUGUCAAUUAUUUCGGGAGAGGGGAACUCAAAAGCGCCAAUCACACCAGUUAUAUAAGACACGACGCCAUUGCGAAAGAUCUACUCAACAGUUCGCUGAAUUUUGUCCCGCAAAUGAAAGACGAGUACAAAAAAUUGACUUACUCGAUGGUCGACUAUGGCAAAGUUAAAUUCAACAAUGACAUUAUCACACGUAACGAAAAGCGCAAACCUAACAUAACCGAAGCCUUAGAUUAUUUUGACUCAAUUGCAACUUACACUGACGAACUGCGCAAAUUACAACGCUAUCUACGCCACACAAUCAGAGACUACGUCACCGACGCGUUGUACGAAGCCACCAAUAAGGAGGCCGUAGGCGUGGCCAUCCUAGUCGUCGUGUUGGCAGUCUCGCCAAUCAUAAUCUGGCUAGUGCACAACGCUGUCGCUACCAUUCAACUGUACGCCGCCAACUUGGCAAAAAAAGCAAAAGAACUGAAACGCGAAAAGAAGAAGAGCGAUUUGCUACUCUUCCAAAUGUUGCCACCGAGCGUCGCGACGCAAUUGAAGCAAACACGUCAAGUCCCCGCCGAGUAUUACGCCUCCGUCACGAUCUACUUCAGCGAUAUAGUGGGCUUCACUGAAAUAGCCGCAGUGAGCACACCUCUCGAAGUUGUUACUUUUUUGAAUAAAAUAUAUCGGCUGUUUGAUGCCCGGAUUGAAUGCUACGACGUGUACAAGGUUGAGACCAUUGGCGACUCGUACAUGGUCGCGUCAGGCCUGCCUGUGACCAACGGUAAUAAACACGUGUGUGAGAUUGCAAGCAUGGCUUUGGACCUUUUGAGCGGUUCCAAACAGUUUAAAAUUCCACACCGGAAAACCGAGCGUUUGCAAAUACGUUCGGGGGCGCACACUGGACCGGUCGUUGCUGGAAUAGUGGGCUCGAAAAUGCCCCGUUAUUGUCUUUUUGGGGACACGGUCAAUACAGCCUCCCGAAUGGAAUCGACAGGAGAAGCCUCCAAAAUUCACAUCAGUCUCGACAUGAAGAAAGCCCUAGACGUGAUUGGGGGCUAUCGCACCGAACACCGGGGGCUUGUUGACGUUAAGGGCAAAGGGCUAAUGGACACCUAUUGGCUGACCUGCAAGGAGGGCGCAGCCAAUAAGAGCGUAGAAAUGGAAACUCCGGCCUAUUUUCAUGAAGAUGAGGACGCUGAGCCCGUUUUCAUGCGGAGGCUGAGAGAUGAAAGCUACUUCUGAAUAAAUCAACUAUGAAAUUUAACAUUCCUUAAUCUCGCUGUGUUGUUAUUAUUUAGGUUUUUCUAAAUGUGAGCGUGGGUCGGAUAGAUAUGUGUACAAAUAAAAUGAUUUACAUUA